UACUCCCUUCACCCUUAAAACUCGGGUCAGGAGCUACUGCACACGCCGGCGUCGCAGUCAUGGCUGACUCCCAGCUGGAAUGUAUGGACGACGGUCACAUAAACGACAAAAUCCCGGAGUCCAGGCCGGAGUUUUUAUAUAGCGAAGAGCAGCGCGUUGCCUUGGAGCUGCUACUGAAAGAAGGCGAUGGCGCCUUCAAAAUGCAACUGAAAACAGAAAAUACAAAAGAUUUUUUAUCUGCCCGGGAGAUUAAGUGGAUAAGGGAAACAGUGAAAGAAUAUCAAACAAACGAAGAGGAUGACGAGAAUUCUUCAGCAACACCUGAAAGUAAAGAGAGAGAGGGUUCCUCUUCUAGUUUACGUUCAACAUACUGGCCUCAGCUUUCGGACACUGAAAUACCGCCACUGGAUCUCGGCUGGCCGACAGGAGGUUUCUUUAAAGGUGUCACGCGUGUGGCAGUUUACACGCACCCACCAAAACAGAAUUCGCCUCACAUCAAGGAGGUGGUGCGCAAACUUAUUCAAGAGGCAAACAAGAUGGUCGCCAUAGUGAUGGACCUCCUCACUGACCUCCACAUCCUGCAGGACCUCCUGGACGCCGCCUCUAAGCGCGGCGUGGCUGUCUACAUCGUCCUGGACAUCCGAGGGGCGCCUCAUUUCCUGGACAUGGUCAACAGGCUGCAGGUCGGCCCUCUGCACCUCAAGCACCUCCGGGUGAGGACGGUGAGUGGAGCUGGGUUCCAGCUCUCCUUCGGGACGAUCCCUGGGAUUCUGUGCAGCAAGUACAUGCUGGUGGAUGGAGACAAGGUCAUGUUCGGCUCCUACAGCUUCUCCUGGAGCUCCUUCCGCAUGGACCGUAAUAUGAUCACCGUCAUGUCGGGCCAGGUGGUGGACUUCUUCGACAACGAUUUCCGCGAACUCUACGCCAUCUCCGAGAAGAUGGACCUCUACAAGGAGUUCCACAUCAGCCGUCCCACCGCGCCGCCCAACCGCACCCCGUCCGUACCCAAGCGUCCGCCCGCCACCUCCCGGUUCCAGGUCAGCCUGGGCGACGCCAAGGGCGUCACCGAGGGCGAGAUGAAGGUGCCCGCGCACAAAUACUACAACCCCAAGUACCAGCUGGCGUUCGGGAGCAACCCGGGACCCACGGCCUCCCUCCAGGACGAGCCCGUUUGGCAAGGGCUGUCCAGCCAGGGGUUGGGAGGGGCGGCAGAGGCCCCCGAGGACAGGCAGUCGGUGCAGGCCAGCAGCGAGCGGCUGGACAAGCUCGGGCCACUGCCCUCGUCGCCGACGGGCAAGCCGGCGGGCAAUAAGAAAAAAAGCUCGCUGAAAAACAUUUUCAAGAGGUCGAACAGUCAGAAAGGCGGUACAAGCAGCAAUCCGAGCUCCCCUACGGGUGGUGACAUGCCCAAUGGGAAGGUGGACAGCUUUGAGGACGUGUCUGGGGCAUUCAAGGGGAAAAACAAAAAACUGUCAAAAAUGGGCGCAAAGAGCCAAUCCUUAAUGACGAUCGACACGUCAGAUGAAAACGGGUCCAAAACCAGAAAAAAAUCAGGCCGAUGUGCACAGUCUUAGAGGACAACGGACCUUUUAAAGGACAUGUUUUUUUUGUCAACUUCCAUUUUUAACAAACACUUCUUGAUGAAAGCACUUUUUACACUGUCAAACAUGUUUAUAUGUUGAGGAUCUGUUUACUCCAAUCUGUAGACUUUACAGAUGAACUGUUUCUUGCUGUGGAUCAUAUGACCUCUUCUUCAAACAGGUGGGCUCAUUAGAAAAUCAAGGGCUAUAGAAUGUACCCUCUGUUACAAGUCAAAGGGUCUCAGUGUUGGUGUAUCAUUCAGAUGUCUAUAAGAUGGGAUUGGUUUUUACCCUGGGCACGGGACUGGAUGUUGAUUAGAGUAAUAAUUAACUGGCUCACCACGUUGUGCGUAUCUUAUCUCAA